AGAACCUCUCUCUUUUGCAGAAAAGCCGCCGGAUCUGCUCUGUUUCCUCCCCCUCUGCCGCCGGCUGCUGCUAGUUUUCUUCCUGGUAAAACCAGCCCAUAAAUUUCUCUUUUCAGCUUUAGUUUGUGUGAGUUACUCUAAUUCUCCUUCCUUUCAAUUGCUAGAAGUCUGCGUGAAGCUCCCCAAAUUUUCCUGCCGGCUCUUUCCCAUACCGCCAGCUCCAGCCUUGCUUGCUGAGCAUUUCUGAGAUUGGUGAAUUAUGUUCUUCAGUUAAAUUCAGCCUGUUUUGUCUCCGAUAUGGUCAUGUUAUCCUGUUGCCCGCUAGUGGGAGUGUUAAACGCUAGCACAUGUCGACAUGUAUUUUUGUAGAACCGGUUCGUUUAUGUUAUCCUGCUAGUGGAAGUUAAACACUAGUAACUCCUGUUGCCUGCCAGUGGGAGUGUUAAACACUGGCCGUGACCUAUGGAGGAGACGUCUAUUUCGUUCCUUUUUCCUUGUCCACCAUUUCAGGUAGUGAGACCCGACGCAUGGGGAGCCCGGGGGAGUGACGAGCUAGACGGCUAGGCACUUUUGGACUUAGGUUUUUGUAGCUAAGCCGUUAGUCACCCAUGCUUGACAUAGAAAAUUUUGUGUACAGAAUUUAGCGUUGGUCAUGAUUGUGUAUAUGAAGUGAUAACUUUUGUACAUCUGGUUGGUAAAUAUUUGGUAAUUAAAAAGUCGUAGAUCUG